UACCGCACACACCGACGCAAAAACGGUGACGCGUUCGGUGUUCCUAAUAAUCUGUCUCCGACCAUCAUCAACCGCCCUCCUCUCCUCACCMUCCUCUCCUCCUAUCUCUCUGCGUCCCGCCGCUUCUCUUCACUCUUCGCGGUGGUUCCGGUGCCAGGACUUAUCGUCGCGCACACCGAGCGCACUGUUYCCUUUUUGACCCCCUCUUCCCUCCCAACACAACAGGCGUUGCUUCACGAUUUCAACCUCCAAGAUCGGGAUUUUUUAUUUUUUUUUUGAGAGAGAGAGAGAUCAAUGUAUAAAUAAAAUAAAUAAAUAAAACAAAAAUGACUUGAGAGAUGUAGUGUGAACGGCGGCUCUGGGAGAAGCUGCUGAACGCGCCGUGCGUAACAGGGGGAAGCAGGUGGAUGGAGAGGCUGGCGGGAUGCGGCUUUCCGGCGGGUCGGAGCCCCAUUUGGGAGCGGAGGGACUCGGCGUGCUCUACCGUGGGACAACCCGGACGCGACACAGUGACGAUGGAGCUUUCUGAUUUAAACAUUGACUUUGCUCUGUUUUACUUCCUCUGUACCGCUGGAAUGUGAUCAUUGUGGCUCCUUGAACAUAAAAGUCCCCAGUCAUCCCAGUCCCCAGAUCCCCAAACCCUUAGACUACAAAGUUUCCACUUGCCUCUACCCUUGGCUGCUGUUUWUUUCCCCCAGUUUAAAACCUUAAUGAAUCCUUUUAACCUUAUUAUUAUUCAGUGAAAUCAGUGCUUUGAGGCAGUGRAGUAAAACACAUUACCAUCCUCCUUUUAUGACUCCCAUCUUUCAUACCAAGUUUAUCUUAAAGCCAUAAGACCUUCUGAUUCAAGUCUUUGAGUCAUGGCCUUGGAUGUGUGGCCCUACAUCCCACCGUCCCCCAACAUCACCAUCCCCGAGCCCCUCCUGUACGACAUCUACAACCAGGAGAAUGACUCGGACCCAAGCGCCAACUUCUCGGACACCAGAGAGCUCCAUCAGGACAAGACCAGCUCGGUCGUCCUCACCUUCAUCCACUUCAUGGUGUGUGCCGUGGGACUAUGCGGCAACACCUUGGUGAUCUAUGUGAUCCUACGCUACGCCAAGAUGAAGACGGUGACCAACAUCUACAUCCUGAACCUGGCGGUGGCGGACGUCCUGUGCAUGAUGAGCCUGCCGUUCAUCGCUCUGCAGCUGGCGCUGGUCCGCUGGCCCUUUGGAGAGGCUCUGUGCCGUGUGAUCAUGACCGUAGAUUCUCUCAAUCAGUUCACCAGCAUCUUCUGUCUCAUGGUGAUGAGCAUUGAUCGCUACCUGGCCGUGGUUCACCCCAUUAGGUCCACCAAAUGGCGGAAGCCCCGUAUUGCCAAACUAAUCAACGUCACAGUGUGGGGCGUCUCACUGAUAGUCAACCUACCAACUAUGAUCUUCAGCGGCCUGAACCAACUGCCGGUGUGCGGGAUAGUGUGGCCCGAGCCCCAGGACCUCUACUACAAGAUCUUCAUUUUCUACACCUUCUCCAUUGGAUUUUUCAUGCCCCUAGCAGUGAUAUGUCUGUGCUACCUGCUCAUAAUAAUCAAGGUGAAAUCGUCCGGAAUACGAGUGUGUUCCUCCAAGCGAAAGCGUUCCGAGCGCAAGGUGACGCGGAUGGUGUCCAUUGUGGUGGUGGUGUUCGUCCUCUGCUGGCUACCUUUCUACAUUUUCAACGUCACCUCCGUCACCAGCUCCAUAACGCCCACCUCAGCGGUGAAGACUUCGUUCGACUUCGUGGUGGCGCUGGGCUAUGCCAACAGCUGCGCCAACCCCAUCCUGUACGCUUUCCUGUCCGACAACUUCAAGAAGAGCUUUCAGAAUGUUCUGUGCCUGAAGAAGGUGGCGGGCCUGGACGAGAUAGAGCGCAGCGACAGCCGGGCGGACCGGAGCCGGAUGGUUAACGAAGCCAUGCUCAUCAAUGCCAACCUGGAGACCCAUAACUCCGCCCUGCUCAACGGCGAGCUGCAGACGAGCAUCUGAUUGGCGAGGGAGCAGCGACGACAUCCAAAGAGGCGAAGAAAGCAAUGGGGCCGCUGUCCGUUCAAAUUGCAAGGCCAUGACAAUGAUGUAACAGCAGCUCAUGGACACAUGAGCAAAGUCUGACAGAAAAAUAAACAGUUUCUUGAGGGGUUCGUAGAGUUCACAGAAAGUGCAUUGGCUCCAUUUAUAGACUCCUGACGAUGGGGUAAACGAGGCAACCUGUUUACCUUCGAAUCGACUGAAAGAAUGAAAGAUUUAUUUUUGGUUGAAAUAAGAGUGCUUGUGGUGCCUGUCAGUUUCACUCUUCAGAGAUCCAAGCAAACGGUAAGAUGAGAUAGACUGCUGCGGACAUGUUGUGAAGAAAUACAAGAGCAACAUUGCCCUGUAUCGGCUGGAGAGUAGUCCGAAUUAGAUCGACAACCUCUACUGAAAUCACCUUCGCAAAGACGGAAACAACAAAGGAAUACUUAUAUUUUCUGUAGCCUUUUAGUUGCGAGAGACUGAAACCGCCGCCCACAGACAACAAGUGUUACUGUAUAUUUUACUCAUGUCAGCUUAUUAGUUUGGUUGUUUAGAACUGAAAGGGGGAACAAAGAGGUAUCCUUUUAUCUACUGACGGAUUCUGUUCUCGUUUGUCUGGCUUUUAUCUUCACGGAAGGAGUAGCGGCGACUCAUAAGCACCAAUUCAACAUCUCGGAUUAAUGAUCAAGGAUGGGAAAUCAUUUCCGCARGCAGACUAACCUUGCUUCUCCAAAACAACUUGACUUUGUACAUAGCAAACAGAUUUCGAGGAAACUUUGCAACAAAGUGAAAUUAUUGCUUCAUGUGUGUCCAAGAAUUAAAUAGAUUUUAAUGGCAAGGCAAACUUCUACAUAUUCUUGCCAAAUGAAGUCGGUGAUAUGUACAGUAGAGGUCUACUUGAUCCUGACUUUUACAGGAGUCGUCACUUGCGCCGCUGCGAAGGGCCCUAUAUCUAUUUGUACAGUGUUGUGUUUCGGCAAGCGUGCUGCUUCGUGGUAAAACGUGACCCUCUGAUUCCCGUUUGGUUUGGUCAGSCUAUGUAUGAGAGGGUGUCCACAUUUCCCAGAAGGCURAAAAAUGCGUCACGCGUCUGAACAAGGGGGACAGAGACAAUGAARCACACAGAGAGUAGRAAAAAGGGAGACAUACGUGCGUGAUGAAGAUAAAGUUUAAAAAGGCUGUGGUGGGAUGUAUGAAUCAAAGAGAAUAGCAGAAAGUAAGGUCCUUGAAUAUGUGGGUGAGUGAGUAAGGCUGGAUAAAAAACACUUAUUCAAGUUCUUCACACUUGCAUAAGUGUGAAGAACAAGCAUUAUGUAACACAUACAUUUAUACAUAUAUAUAUAAACACAUUCAUUUCAGUACAUUAAAAUAGUACUGGAAAGUUAAUUUAUUCCAAAUUAAAAWGUCAAAUCCAUAUAUAAAUUGAUCAAUUUUGAUGAUUUAUUGCUUACAGCUAAGAAAAUCCCAAAUGUAGUUGUUCAAAAAAUAAAUAUUAGAAAUAUUAUAUAAAACCAUAAGAACUUUAGGGRAAGGGGCUCCUCUGAAUGAAUUACUGCAUCAGUAUAGCAUGGUAUGGCAGAAAUCAACCUAUGGCUCCUUUUAGGUCUUAAGAAAGGCUUAAGGGUGUUUUCACACCUGAUGGAAGGUGGGCUCUAUUUGAUAGGGGACCUAAAAAUGACAUUUGUUACAUUUUCUUCUGUUGCAGUUUGCUUUCAUACCACACUCAAACCAGCCAAACCCCUUUGAGGAACCUGUUCCCCCUCUUGCCUGUGUACUGCACCAAGAACCACUAAAGGAAAUGACAAAAAAAACUGAAGAGGUUUUUGAGAGGUUCUGAGCACAACUUSUCCCUUCACAAAAUGUGAACAAAAAUGGAGAUUUUAGCGGUUGUAGGAUUUCGCUUUUGUCUUUGGCAAAAAAAAAUCACGAGCCAUUUGUUCUGCUUGCUCUAGAGACUGAUGCAUUUAUUUUGGUUGUAUAUACCCAGAAUGUCCUAUGGUUAGCUUCCUGCUUUUGGAGAGGCCUCCUKUUCGCUUGGCAUUCAUAUAUGCAUUCARUUCACACUGSAGUUUAUUUCAACCAAACAGAGACCUAGGUUUGCUUUUUUGGUCCACAUCAGAGUUUGAUUGCGCAUUCACAACUCCACGAACCAACCGGACUUUCUUGGCAAACGAACUAGAGUUUGAUUAAGAUGGACUAAACAGGACUAAUGUGAAUGCGCCCUUCGUGUCCUUAGGCUUAUCUGCAUUGUGCUGUUCUGGUGUCUCUCAUUUCGAUUCUAUAGGGUUAWGGGCAGGUGUGUUUGCUGUCCAGCCAAGCACACUGAUCCCAUUGUCAAUCAAUCUGGUAUUGGUACUUUUAUCCUUCUGGAGAAUGAAAYGAGCAUUUCCAUACACUUGCCAAUGGAGGGUAGCAUUAAGCACCUUAUAAUCUACUAGCAAGGUUUUUCACUUGAUAAAAGGUUUUGGGCCAACAAAAGAGAAUGACAUGCAAAUCAUCCCUGAAUGUGGACCUUCACACUGAACCUGAAACUACUUGGAUUCUGUGCCUCUUCACUCUAAAAUUUYMUUUCUUCUACAAAGACAACUUUGGAUCACUGAGCAGUAGUUCUUCUAGAACCAUCUGAUUUAUGUGGUUCAGGAUUGAUUUGACAUGAGAGAUAUGAGUUUUGCUCCAUAUCCCAGGUAUCCUUGUGUGUCGGCUCUUGAAGCUCUGAAUCCAUCCACAAAUGUCUUUAAGCUUUGCUUUACAGUCCUUUAAAGGCACGUACAUCUGUCUGUUCUGCAGAUUUCCUCUCCACUUCAAAAUGCCAUUGACAUGCUUGUUUAGAAUACUCUGCCAGGUUAUUUACCUUUUCAGGCUUACACUCCCUGUAGAGGGCAUUGAUGACUUUCAGCUUCACCACAGUCAAGUCAGCAGUCUUUCACACAAUUGUGAAGGCAUUUGCACCACGUUACUUUACUAAAGAUUAUUUUCUUGUUGGUCUCAUAUUGAGUUUUCAUCAGCUAYAAACCAUAAUCAAAAAAAUUAACAGAAUCAAACUUGACUUGAGCUGUUUUUUUAAGCACUCUGAGUUUAAUGUAAUGUAUUUGACUUUCUUAAAUUGGCAUUAACAUUUUAGUAUUCGGAAUUAUUCAAUUGCACCUUUACAGUCUGUAUGCUGCCUGUCUGGUGAUUAGCAUUGCCUCCAUACCCAGUGUCCUCUAUUGCACCUCAUUAGUCUCGUUAUUCUGUUUUUCAUUUGUCACAAAACCAAGAAAAAUAUUUGCAUACAUUACCCUCGGGGUAAACGUGACCCUCAACAAGAGAAAGAGCGCGAAUGAGAGAAUUUCUACAAAAUUGGAAUGAGUCAUCCAAGACGGCCAGAGGUGAGCAGAACUGAACUGUAAUCCUGAAAAAAAUKAUUUCUUUUUUUUUCAGGAUUACUUCUCAUCGUCACCUCGUUCAAGGUGACGAUGAGAAGAACUGAUCCUACAGAAACUGUGUCACACUCAAACAUGAAUAUGCAAUCCUGAGCAUGGUUGGAUGCCUAAUUGGAAAUGAGCAGAAAGAAAUGUGAAUAAAGUUAAUACAGUGGAAAACAAUAUGUACACUUAAAAAGUAUAUGCCACUUAAUCCGAAGCAAGAAAAGCAGAAGAAAAAGUUAUAGCCAUAGGAUGUCAGUUAUAUCUUCACUUUUCGCCAACAAAUUCAAUAUUAGUGUCUUGUACUAAAAAUCAAGACAUAAAUGGUUUCUAUUGUAGAAGUUUGUCACAGCAUAAACUAUCAGAGACUCCUUUAAAACAGAAGGUGGUUCUCUCUACAUCAGAUGAUUUUAGUCAUGGUGGUUCCGGUUAAUUCUACAGUAUGCAUUCUCAUUAGAACCAUGAGAUUAGCUAUAAUUACACAAGUCAAGUGCCCCCAAGUCAAGGUUUGUUUUGUACAUGCUUGUUGUUUGGAUUGUUGUUAGCUGGAAUUGGGUCAUUGGUUCCAUARGGAACCAAUGGUUGUGUAGAGUUACAGUUUAUUCCAAAAUUAUUUAUACUGCUUUUUAUUUAUUAAUUCAACCAAGUUUGUUACUGACAGGAAAUGACACAGGCGUCUCUCAAAAGAUAAAAUAAUUAUUACUUCUGAAUAUACAUAAAACAUUUUAAUUGCAUUAGUGCAGUCAAACCCUUCUUGCAACUGCUUUUUUAUGUCUUCAGUUGUAUUUUUUUUCCUGGUAUAUUUAUUUAGUGUUAAGCACCAAAUCUUUGAGGCUGGAAGGCCUCCUUGAAAUCACCCUAAUCUUUAGCUCUGUCCACAGAUUAAUAAACAUUUGUGCUACUAAGCUAAGUGUAGUUCCACAAAACUCACUUAGCUGAGAAAACAGCGACAAACUGCAUAAUUGUGAAAGUCUAGAUUAUUAAUCUGUUCUAUAGAUUUGUAUUCCAUAAAUGUAGACAUUUCCAGUGUCUAGACUUGUUUUAAAAUUGGGAAACCCAUUUGACUAGCUAUUAGCCUUCCUUCUCUCUGGGGAUUUAUCAACAUUUUUACAAACUCACUGCCAAAUGAGUCCUGUGUGGUCCAAAUAGUUGAACCCCUAUUGAUACUUUAAUUUAAAUUGACUUUUGAUUAAAAAGGGUGAAGGAUUCCUAUCACAUACCUGCAUUUAGCAGGCCUAUGUGUAAGCCAAGAAAACUACAUUCUUGUCAUUUUGUCAUUUGCCUUAGUUUUAUUUCCUAUGCAUCUCAUUCUGCAGAGUAUAAUMAACUAGAGGCAAUUAUUAGAAUGUUUGAGACAUCUUAGGGUUUGUGUAUUAGACUUAGCAUAUGCUAAAGAAUGCUAGUAAGUGUUAGCAGUGAGYUCAGAACAAAYAUUAGGCAACUUCUUAGCCUGGUUAGGUUUACAGCUAACGAGCAAAGCUAAAAUUUUACACUAUACCAAAAUCUGCUAUGCCUCAUAUUUAUUCCCAUUGUCCAUUUGAAGUCKAGAUGUUUCAUYCAUAAAUMUUGACUCAUGGCUGCUUAAAUUUGACACAUUUUUAAUUUGAGUUAAAAAUAACUCUGGAUUACUACGUGAUUACAACCUUAGAGAAAAAGAUGUGUAUAAAAGUACACAGUGUCUUUUUUUUUUGGUACUCUGCACAGCAUACAUUAURCAGAACUGGGCUGAGAUUACAUAACAGGGACCGGAACCUUUUUCCGGAUUGUUUUAAGUCGCUUUUUACCGGGARCGAUGCUCUUAAUUGUUCAUUUGGACUACAUCCGUAGCAGUUGUCAGACCUUUCCCUAAAAUAACCAAGUUUUAAUUGAGCCACAAUUGUAGCUGGCAAAUUAUAUCUGCUCAGCAGGGGAAGAUUCAUCAAAAGAUAAAAAAAAUAAUUGAAAUUCUUUGGUAUUUAUCGCUUCAUUCAUGUUGACAGAAUGAGUCCACGAACCAAGCACACACAUGCAGGGUAAUUUUAUUUAAUUUUUUUCCCAAUCGUUAGGGUGGAGACGCUUCUCAAAAGCACCUCAAUGAUGGUGUCACAGCUGGGAGAUUUGUCAGAUGUCUCAGAAGCCAGCAGCAACAAAGUUGUUAACCAUAUGCUACGCAAAUAAAUUCUCUCAGAAACCAUCGAACUGCAUAAUCAGAACAGAUAAGAAGCACAGAUAUAUUUCUUUCUGCAUUUAUAUUCAUUAAUUCUCUCUAUUUUUUUUUACAUUACACCAACAAACCUAAUAAGAUUAAUGGGGAUUUCUGUGAUAAACCAACAGAAAGUACCACAUAGAUGUAAAAUGGAAGGAAAGUCUUGAUUUUCUUUUUUUUUGUGUGUUUCUUUUCACAAAUUAAAAUCUGAAAAGUGUGGUGUGUAUUUUUACUCAACCCUCCUUGUAGAGGUACUGAGCAGAACCACCUUUUCUGGAUUGACAGCUCCAAUCUCAAAGUUUCCCAAUCAUUAUUUGAGAAACAGCUCUAGCUCAGUCAUAUCAAAUGUAAAUCUGCCACAGAUUUUGAAUUAAAUUCAGCUAUCRACUUUGACUUGACUAUUCUAAUACAUUAAUAUGAAUGACCUAAACCAGUCCAAAGUACCUCUGAAUGUAUGUUUGUACCUUUGUAUCUGUCUCAAGUCUUUUACCAUCAAUCUUUCUAUCAACCCAAAAAAAAAUCUCACCACAUCAUGAUGCUGGCAUGUCRUUCAAGUAGUUACAUUUUGACCUCAUCUGACCAGAACACACAUUUUAAAAAAAUAUUCCAUACAAGGCUUAGGGCAAACUGUAACCCCAGAUUUGUUUCAUACCACUUCAGGUCUUAUUUUGUCUAGUGUGGUGCACUAACGUCUAAUGAUGCAAAUUUUACACAAACRAUAAUAUUCCCCUCCUGCCAUCUAAUAAUGGCUAAUUUUCCUAAAUUACAUACCAAAUACCUAUAUUUCUUUCAAUUAUAUAUGAUAUAUUCAAACAAUUUCUGCUAAAUGCAGCGUCUGGUUGGCAGCAAAAACAGUAGUAAUGUAUUUUGUAUAUAAUUGUAAGUAAAUUCAUGCAGGCAUGGCAUUUAAGGAGGAAUGGAAAUUCCUUCAUGAAGGGCAAAUUGUUGAAGAAAAGCCACAUCAUUGAAGGUUGGCAGUUGUGUMAUUCUCUUUCCAUUUCUGAACAUUAAUCUGUGGGAUGWUCAGAGUUUUGAAUGUUGCUUUAUAAAUUUACCCUGGCUUUUCUUCAGUGGCAACAGAGUGAAGGGGGCUGAACAGAAAUUCACAUCACAAUUCAGGUUUUAAGUCAUAACAUUGUUUUUGUGUGAAGGUUUUGUGUUUUUCUGUUGCGUAAAAUCCCAGUGAAGGUGAUGGAAAGUUUAUGAAUACCCACAAUCAGUAAUUAAACAUGUUUCUUUUUUAUUAAGGUUAUUUUAUAUAUAUUUUUCUGCACUGAUGAACUCUGGGUUUCUUUCAGUUUCUCUUACAGUCAGUAUUUUAGCUUCCUCUGUGUUACAGUACUGUACUUGGCUUCUUCUUUCAUUUGUAAGUACAACUGAUGAGGUGACUUUAAACACUAUUCACUGUGUGAAAAAUUAAUCAUACAGGUGAAAAAAACAGGAUCUGAUUYAUACAUCUCUACCCGCCAUGUAGAUAAUGUAUAGAAAUGGAGCCUUUAGGUGUCUAACAGAUGUUGRUAAAAGAGAGUUUGUGCCAAAGCCAGCGCAAAUGUAGCGCUAAAAGCACCAAUGGCUGUAAUGGGAAAGUCUUAACUAGCUGCUUUCUUUAUCAUGUGAAACCAAAACUUUUUUUUCCCCCGCCCUCAACAUUAUGUUCUGUAGAAACACUAUUAGGAUCAUGUAGGUUAGGAUUCACCGCAAGUUUUGAGUGAGAUGGAUACACAAUCACCAAAUGUUUAAAAAAAAGAAAAGAAAAAAUGUGUCCAGAUUUAUGUCCUGCAAAUGUAUAUUGUACAGAUGAGCGGAGGUUUUCCCCAGGUGAACAUAAGUUAAUUUGUGAAGGGCUAUUACGUGCACUCCAGAGGAUGCACCGUUCAGUAUAAACUGUGUUAUUUGUCCUAUCAUCUGCUUGAUCUUGCAUGGAGGAAAGGCUGGUUAUCGCUACCGUCUGUUUCAACUCACCAACUGAGAGCAGAGUUACACACGUUAYCCUUCAACAGGGAUUCUCUCUCAGAAAGUGUGGAGUUCUGUAAAAGGGUAGUUCAGGACGUUUGAACUCUUAAAAUMUUUYCUGCAAAACAACAGAAUUUCUUGGCUUCUUCAUGUAAACCCRGAUUAGUUGAUUGCGGAGGCUAAAGCUARCGGCUAGUCCAGUGUAAAAGAAGGCCAAAGCGGUAGAGGCAAAUUYUAUUYACAUAGAAGCUGAUUUUUACCACAGGAAAUGGAGGUUGGAUGUUGUGCGUCACCAAUAAUCUGCCUGUCCRAAAUAAGUACUGAAAGCGAACCAUUCYAAGUGUUUCAGGUCAAAACAAGCAGCCUUUWAUUACAUUAUUAUAUUAACAGUGUAACAGUAAUAUUAUUUUUGCUUUAUUUUUGUAUCAGACUGGACUGAAUGGUUUGCAUGUUUUUAAGUGUUUCACACUGGAAGGUCAUUGGAGGUGAAAAUCCUCCAARAUCCUUUUCCCAUGAAAAUAAAAUUUGGCAGYUGCUGCUGAAACAACUUUCUAUUGCAGACAUCAGAAUUCACAAAAAAUGGUGUUCACWGGAACGAUAUGUGUUGUUUUUGAGAUCGGAGAAGGUAGAUUUAUAUUCUUUUARCUUCAGCCUCUGGAACCAAAGAAUUUGGAUUUGUACUAAAUGAAGACUCGAGUAUUUUUGUUUUGUUUUUUUUUAACUGCAGGAAAAAUGUUAAUGGUUUUUACCUUUUAAAGACAACUCCACCUCAAACGUCCUGACCUGUCAGUUGAGCCAUUGCCUCUCAUCUACUGGUAGCUUUURAAACAACAACCUUCAGMAUCAGGCGAGUGGCUCCAAAGUGUUUGUUUCCGGUGGUGUACAGCUGUGGAUAUGUACUUUUUAAUUGUGCUGUUACUUUUUUCUAUGUGCCUUGACACUUCAUACUGUCUAAAAUUCAUGUGACGACGGCAUUGCAGAGCGCUUUUUCCACACAAAAAAAAAAAAAAAAACUAACCGACCAAAGGUCUUUGUACUCUACAGACAGGUUGGCAAUGUAACCGUAACAGAGAACUGUUGGAUAUCUCUUUUUGUUAAUAUUAUAUACCCAGCUUACAUUGCUUAUGUUUGUCAAAAAGCCGAUGUUUAUUUGUGACUCUUUAUUGUCCCAUACGGUAUAUUAUAAUGUGAUCAACGAUUGUAAUGGACGGGUCAAUGUUCUUGUCUCUGCAAUUAAAACGCAGCCCAUGGUCUA